UGGCUGUCAAAGUCAAAGGUCGAAAUCAAAUCAAUUUUAUCAAUAAAAUUUCCAGCCAUUUGUGAUGUGACUAAAUAAAACUUGCUCUUGUUCGUCGCCACUCGUUGUUUAGAAUAUUAAUGAAAAAAAAUCAAGUUUAGAUUGAAUUGGAAUUAUAAACACGAAUUAACCCAGGGCUUAUUAAUCCAAGAGUGCCGUGUUUAAUUGUACUAUAGAUCUCCAUACAAAGAAGAAAUGGACCCGUCCAUAUACAAUUUGCAAUAUUCUUCACCAGCUGGCCUACCGCAAGAAUCCAAGCUACUGGGAUAUCUGAAUCACUCUGUGCAAACGUCUGCACAGAGCCAUGCACAACUUACUCAAUCCCAGAUGAGUCAAGCGCAGGCCCAACUGAGUCAGGCCCAGCUGACUCAGGCCAUGGGCAACCUGAACAUUGAGGCCCAGAAUCACUCGGGGCAAUCAUCUACACAGAGCCAUGCACAGUUAAGCCAAUCACAGAUAAACCAAGCGCAGGCCCAACUGAGUCAGGCCCAGCUGACUCAGGCCAUGGGCAACCUGAACAUAGAUUCGCAGGUGCUUAAUAAGCCCAUCAUUUUACCGACACAGGCAAUGCUGAGCCACCCACCUCCUCCACAGGUGCUGACUCAGAUUCCGCCUCCCACAUUGUAUCAGCAGGUUCUUAUAGGCGAGUAUGUGCCGAUUAAUUUUUUCAACCCGCCGAGCCUUAUCCAGGAGACGGCGGGGUCCUCCCCCCCGUCUGCUGUGACCAUGCAGCCGCUGCCGCCGCAACCGCAAGUACAUCAGGAAAAUGUUGGCGGUACAACGUACUUCUACACUAACGAUAACGGCACGUUCGGCGCAGGCGGUGCUAUGGGUCCAGAGCCCUGCCUAGGAGCGUCGUCUUCGGCUGCCUACGUACAGCAAAUGUACGCGCCGCAACAUAUGCCCGCUCACAUGCCGCCCGUGCAGGCCAAUGCAGGAAUGGCCACUACUUACUACCGAGCCGAUCCAAUGAAGCAGGAAAUGUACCAGCGGAACAAUGACAUGUAUACCAUGUCUCGAGAGUUCCAACAGUACCAAGAUAUUCCAGUGUCUAUAGAGCGGUUCGUAGAUCUGCAGCCGCUGGACGACGAGCGCACCUCGUUCGUCGCGCACGACCGCGACACACGCGAGAUGUACGCACUGCGGCGCGUCCCCUUCCGCACCUCGCCCGCGCUGCCAAGCACCCUCGACGUGUGGGCGCGCCUCGACCACUCCAACAUCGUGCACUUCCACCGAGCCUUCUCCACCGACGCCUUCGGAGACGAAUCCGUGGUGCUCGUGUACGACUUCCACCCCGGCGGCGAGACGCUCAUGAAGAAGUACCUGUCGGUGGGCGCGGCGGGCGCGGGCGCGGAGCAGGCCCCCCGCUUUCACGACCCCUUCUCGGCCGACCCGGACGCGCCGCGGCCCUACACCCACCAGAAAAAUACGCUGCUCCGCGCCGAGAUCUGCGGCGCUUUGCUGCCUGAGCAGGUCCUGUGGAACGUGUUCAUCCAGUUGACCGCCGCGCUGCGAGAAAUACACAGCGCUGGCCUCGCCUGCAGGACCCUGGAGCCUUCUAAGGUGAUCGUCACUGGUUACCGCGUGCGUGUGUCUUGGUGUGGUAUCGGCGAUAUGUUAGGCGAAGUUGAUGUUUCUCAGGCGCAGCAAGACGACCUGACGGCGUUGGGGCGACUUGCCUUGGCGCUGGCGUGUCGUUCUCCCCAGGUGGACAACUUGUCGCGCUGCCUGGAUUUUGUGCGUCGCAGCUAUUCCGAGGACCUCAACAACUUCAUAGUGUAUUUACUUUCGGAAAUCACAAUACGGUCGGUCACAGACUUGAUGCCCAUGAUCGGUGGACGCUUCUACUACCAGGUGGAAUCUCUGGAGCGGAGAGCGGAUGCUCUAGAGCAGCAACUCACCCGCGAACUGGACAACGGGCGACAUUUGCGAACGCUGGCCAUGCUCGGCUCCGUCAACGAGAGGCCCGAAUGGAACACGGAUGUAACCUGGUCGGAAACGGGCGACAGAUACAUGUUGAAACUCUUCCGGGAUUACGUUUUGCACUCCGUGACUCCAGACGGCAGGCCGUGGCUGGACCAGGCACAUCUAGCGUUCGCAUUGUCCAACCUCGAUGCCGGGACGAAUACCAAGGUGUUGCUGACGUCCCGGGACGACGAAAGUGUAUUUGUUGUCACGUUCGCGGAGCUGAAGAACUGCUUGGAGCAGGCGUUCAACCAGCUGAGCCAAGCCUCCAGCGCGCCGCCUCCUUAGACCAUGCGCUACAGGUUCCUUCGCUGUGACCGGCCGUCCAUUUAACUGUCUUAGCUAUUAAUGUUUGUGUCUACAGCCUGACUAGUCACUACAGGACCUCAAUGCUGUCCCUGUAGCCAAGUAGCUAUUCUCUUUCUACGAUCGCAAACGCUUCCAAAAAUGUAUGCGAAUGACAGAUCCUGAUCACGUGAGCUGUCGACAGCAAAUGUCAUUCCCAUACAUUUUUGUAGUUUUCGAAGCGUUUGCGAUCGUAGAAAAAUCGACAUUCCACUUGGCUGCAGGGGCUGUUUCUAAAAGCGCUUCGAAAACUAAGUAUAUGUCUUUUUGUCGGAAAUGUCGUUCCCAUGCAUUUUUAUUAGUUUUCGAAGCGUUAGCGUUUGUAUAAAGAGAAUAGAUGUUUUACCUUUCUAGAGGUCCAUGUAUAUAGAGUGCUACUAAAAGAAAGUAGUUACAUCUUUUCGCAACAUGGUGAAGCAUUACUUUUCUGGUCAGGAUUUAAUUUUUUUUUUGUUAUUGAUUUUUUGACUUCCCGGCGCCUCUACAGCGUUGGUUACUUUUGCUAAUUUCUUUUGAAUUACUAGCCUGACCAAUGAAACCAGUCUGUACAUAGUAAAAACUCUAUUAAAAGAAGUUUCCCUUUUUUCCGCAAAAUGGUGAUUUAUUUUUUAUUUUUCAAUUCAAGCUAUAAUUUCCUUUAUAUUAUUAAAGUUUUUGAUAAUCGUGGGAAAGUUAAUCAGAGCUACUACUCUAUCUAUAUUAAUAUUAAAUAUAGGACGGACAUAUUAUAUAUAAUCUAUACUUUUUCAAGAAAUCGGUGUCCCACAUAACUCUAUCUAUAUUAAUAUUAAAUAUAGGACGGACAUAUUAUAUAUAAUCUAUACUUUUUCAAGAAAUCGGUGUCCCACAUAACUCUAUCUAUAUUAAUAUUAAAUAUAGGACGGACAUAUUAUAUAUAAUCUAUACUUUUUCAAGAAAUCGGUGUCCCACAUAACUCUAUCUAUAUUAAUAUUAAAUAUAGGACGGACAUAUUAUAUAUAAUCUAUACUUUUUCAAGAAAUCGGUGUCCCACAUAACUCUAUCUAUAUUAAUAUUAAAUAUAGGACGGACAUAUUAUAUAUAAUCUAUACUUUUUCAAGAAAUCGGUGUCCCACAUAACUCUAUCUAUAUUAAUAUUAAAUAUAGGACGGACAUAUUAUAUAUAAUCUAUACUUUUUCAAGAAAUCGGUGUCCCACAUAACUCUAUCUAUAUUAAUAUUAAAUAUAGGACGGACAUAUUAUAUAUAAUCUAUACUUUUUCAAGAAAUCGGUGUCCCACAUAACUCUAUCUAUAUUAAUAUUAAAUAUAGGACGGACAUAUUAUAUAUAAUCUAUACUUUUUCAAGAAAUCGGUGUCCCACAUAACUCUAUCUAUAUUAAUAUUAAAUAUAGGACGGACAUAUUAUAUAUAAUCUAUACUUUUUCAAGAAAUCGGUGUCCCACAUAACUCUAUCUAUAUUAAUAUUAAAUAUAGGACGGACAUAUUAUAUAUAAUCUAUACUUUUUCAAGAAAUCGGUGUCCCACAUAACUCUAUCUAUAUUAAUAUUAAAUAUAGGACGGACAUAUUAUAUAUAAUCUAUACUUUUUCAAGAAAUCGGUGUCCCACAUAACUCUAUCUAUAUUAAUAUUAAAUAUAGGACGGACAUAUUAUAUAUAAUCUAUACUUUUUCAAGAAAUCGGUGUCCCACAUAACUCUAUCUAUAUUAAUAUUAAAUAUAGGACGGACAUAUUAUAUAUAAUCUAUACUUUUUCAAGAAAUUGGUGUCACACAUAAUUCUAUCUACAUAUAUUAAUAUUAAAUAUAGGACGGACAUAUAAUCAUUACUUGUUCAAGAAAUUCGUGUCAUUGACGACUCCUAAGCUCCUUAAUUAUUGUCCGUUAUCUUUGAAAGCCCUGUCUCAAUUAGUAUGUAAGCAGUUUAAUUAUCAGUGAAAUCACCUAUAAAAUGACUAUAAGUAUUUGUCAUUAUACAAUGUAUCUUUAAUGUAUCGUGUAGUCGCCCUUCUUAAGUAUGCGACUACGCGCGUCAGAUAGCUGACAGACUGUGUUACUGUAGUGGCGAGCUCGUAAUGUCGAAUGUGCUCGACUUUUGCGUUUUUUAUUAGUAGGGAAUAAAUCAUUUAUUUUGCUACUCUCCGUCAAGGCAGUUACACUUCGAAACCGGAGCAAGACUAGUUGACUCUACAACAGUGCCAGAUUAAGCUACCGCUUAAGAUUUUCCUGAAAUCUAGAAAUAGGAUGCUAUAUCUGUAUUUUUUUUUCAAAAUGUUAGGUUUAUUACUUUGGAGCUUGAACAGGACGGGUAUAUAUCUUUGAAUAACUCAAUAGCUAUUCAUUUUAAAAUGAUCCUCAUAAGAAGAUCUAUCAUUUGAUAAUCCGGCGCUGCUCUACAAUGUCUUAUCUAUAACAAAAAUUUUUGCUUGGAUUUGUCGAUUUUUGCUUGAGAAAAGUAAAAUAAAUUAAUUGUUCCCUAAUAUAUAUCUUUAUUUUGCGAUGUUUUUACAAAAACUCGCUAAAAAUUAAAAUAAUCGUUGAAUAUUUAUAAAAAAAAAAAUGUUUAAUUAUUAUUAGUAUUAAGUAUAAAUGGUGUACAGCGAUCUCACUUUUAGGUAGCGGUGUUUAACAUUGCGACUAACACGGAACUAGGUGUUGAUUCCUUUAUAUGUCACCAUGUAGGUGAUGUACAUAUAUGAAUAUAAGCGCGUUUCAAAAUCAAUUGCAUUAGGCUUGAUUGCGAACAACCCAUCUAACUUAUUUCAAUAAAAACAUAUAUAAUAUAUAAAUCUAGCCUUUUGAUAAUAUUAAUGACAUUUGAAAAUUUUUCGACUUUCCUCCGUCUUACAAAUUUAAGAUAACCAAACUUGAAUUUUUCAUCACAAUAUAUAUAUUAUUUGUAAGGCGGUUAAAGACCGUGGACUAGCAGUGGACGUAUUGAUUAUUUUCAUUGUCUCAUAUUGAUGAUGAUAGUACUGUAAAUUAAAUGUAAACAGUGGCGUAGUUUGCCUUGGAGGGGCCCUGUAUCAAAGUUAGUUGGGGGGGACCAAACGAGCGGCAAAUCCCGAAAAAUCUCUUCAGUUUUUUAUUCAACCCUAUCACCACAAAAUAAAAUUGGUGCCAAAGUGUUUGUUGUGACAUACUACUUUUUUAUCGAGUGUAGGAAACUUUAAUCAAACAAAGAAAAUGGCUAAAUUUAUAAUUUUCAAAUUUUGUAAAAAUUUUAAGCUUAACCCGAGAAAAAAAAAAUUGCUCUUUUGACUUGUAAUUUUUGAAGUGAAACUCUAUUCGCAGUAUUUUAUGGUUUUUUUUUCGGGAAGCACCAGAUACGGGAUACGGGGCCCCAUAUCAUUGAUACGGCUGAUACGGUUAGCUACGCUCCUGUACCUACAAUAUGUAUAUACUCGUAGUAUAACUUCAGUGUUCGGUCUAACGAGUUUAAGCUUUAAAUGUUGAAUGAAAGAGUGAAAUAAAACUUUGAAAUAUAUUUUGAAAGAUCGGCCUCAGUGUGCGCCACAAACAUUCCAAACUGUAUAUAUAUAUAUACUCCUUUGGCGCGAAUAAAAUUUGAUAAUAAAAUGUUUAAAAUUGAUAUAAUAAAAAAUAAAUUAAUAAUAAA